AUAGGUUUUCUGAGUACUGGGGAUCAAGCUGCAAAAGGCAAUUAUGGAUUGCUUGACCAAAUCCAGGCUUUGCGCUGGAUUGAAGAAAAUAUUGGAUCCUUUGGAGGCGACCCAAAAAGAGUUACUAUUUUUGGAUCUGGGGCAGGAGCUUCCUGUGUUAGUCUCCUGACACUUUCUCACUAUUCAGAAGGUUUGUUCCAAAAAGCAAUCAUACAGAGUGGAACAGCCCUGUCCAGCUGGGCAGUGAACUAUCAGCCUGCCAAGUACACUCGGAUAUUGGCAGAUAAAGUGGGCUGCGACAUGCUAGAUACUACUGAUUUGGUUGAAUGCCUUCGGAAUAAGAACUACAAAGAACUCAUUCAACAGACUAUCACUCCAGCCACAUACCACAUUGCCUUUGGGCCCGUGAUUGAUGGAGACGUGAUUCCAGAUGACCCUCAGAUUCUCAUGGAGCAAGGGGAAUUCCUAAACUAUGACAUAAUGCUGGGUGUCAAUCAAGGCGAAGGUUUAAAAUUUGUUGAUGGUAUUGUAGACAAUGAAGAUGGUGUUUCACCCAAUGACUUUGACUUUUCUGUCUCCAAUUUUGUGGACAAUCUAUAUGGUUAUCCAGAAGGGAAAGAUACUCUGCGAGAGACUAUUAAGUUCAUGUAUACUGACUGGGCAGACAAAGAAAACCCUGAAACAAGACGGAAGACCUUGGUAGCUCUUUUUACUGACCACCAGUGGGUUGCUCCUGCUGUGGCCACCGCUGACCUUCAUGCCCAAUAUGGAUCUCCAACAUAUUUCUAUGCAUUUUAUCAUCACUGCCAAAGUGAAAUGAAACCAAGCUGGGCUGAUUCAGCUCAUGGUGAUGAAGUCCCUUAUGUAUUUGGGAUUCCCAUGAUUGGUCCCACAGAGCUGUUCAACUGCAACUUUUCCAAGAAUGAUGUCAUGCUCAGUGCAGUAGUAAUGACGUACUGGACAAACUUCGCCAAAACUGGAGAUCCAAACCAGCCUGUUCCACAGGAUACAAAGUUCAUUCACACAAAACCCAACCGCUUUGAAGAAGUGGCCUGGUCCAAAUACAAUCCUAAAGACCAACUUUAUCUUCAUAUUGGCCUGAAACCCCGAGUUCGUGAUCACUACCGAGCAACAAAAGUUGCUUUCUGGUUGGAACUUGUACCACACCUUCACAACCUAAACGAGAUAUUUCAAUAUGUUUCCACAACAACAAAAGUCCCCCCUCCUGACAUGACAUCAUUUCCUUACGUUACCCGACGUUCUCCUGGUAAAUUGUGGCCAGCCACUAAACGACCAGCGAUGACACCAGCGAACAAUCCCAAGCAUUCAAAGGACACCCAUAAAACCGCUCCAGAGGAUACAACAGUCCUGAUAGAAAACAAGCGAGAUUACUCCACAGAGCUGAGCGUCACCAUUGCUGUGGGGGCCUCCUUGCUGUUUCUCAACAUUUUAGCUUUUGCUGCAUUGUACUACAAGAAAGACAAGCGGCGUCAUGAGACUCACCGGCGCCCRAGCCCUCAGAGGAACACAACCAACGAUAUUGCGCACAUACAGAACGAAGAGAUUAUGUCCUUGCAGAUGAAACAGCUGGAACAUGAUCACGAGUGCGAAUCGCUGCAGGCUCAUGACACUCUGAGACUCACCUGCCCGCCUGACUACACGCUGACAUUGAGAAGGUCCCCGGAUGACAUCCCGCUCAUGACUCCCAACACCAUAACCAUGAUUCCAAAUACAUUAACAGGCAUGCAGCCUUUGCAUACUUUCAACACCUUCAGUGGAGGACAAAACAGUACAAAUUUGCCCCAUGGACAUUCCACCACUAGGGUAUAGCUUGACCCUUCCCCCUUUUACUCUCACAAGCCACUUGGAAGAAA